AUGGCCAGUACAGAAACUGACCCCGACGAGGACCAAUCAUUUACAAAAACUGUCACGGACACCCUGCUCCUCCCCGUUCGUGUCGCCACAUCUCCCGUCCUCUUACGAACAUAUCUCCGCACUAUCUUCCUUUUCCUCGCGUCCUGCAUCUUCUUCGGCUUCGCAGUUGUAGCCUACUCGUCGCUUUACUACUCGUACAUUCCUGUCCGUGGAAUCAGUGUUCCGGUGUAUCUCCAAUAUGAUCACGGUGCGCCUCCAUCUCUGGCGUCGUGUGUUGCCUCGGCUGCAGGUGAGGGGGAUACGAUACCAGGUGGCAGGUGGACGAAAUGGCCGUAUGGAAUUGCGAAUGUACCUGGCCUGAUAGACCGGCAGAAAUACGACUUUGUUGUUGAAAUGGAUGUACCCAGAAGUGACAAUAAUUUGCAGAUUGGGAAUUGGAUGAUUGUGCUUGAGAUGCGGGGGCCUACCACCCCUGGUAGCGGCGGUAUGUUGGGGCUAUUGGGAUGGGAAGAAGAGUGGGAUGUCCAGGAUCAUAGUAUGGGUGUUGGGCCUGCGAGUACAGCCACGGGAAGGGACACGACAGCUCCGAAAUUUUCGAGCAGGAAAGCGGUCGUGCUUGCGCGCAGUAGGAGGCCGGCCAUCUUGACAUACAGGAGUCGGAUUGUCGAGGCGGCGCAUCGGUUGUUGCGACUACCGUUUUACCUUUUUGGGUGGCACACAGAGUCGGAGCAUGUGGAGGUUAGCAUGAUGGAGUCUGUGGUGUUUGAGCAGGGAGACCGUAAUAUUCCAACCUCGCUCCGUCUGGAAAUUCGCUCCAAACAGCCGCUGGAGGUGUAUCGGGUCAAAGUGCAUAUCAGUGCUAGGCUCGAGGGCUUGCGCUGGCUCAUGUACAAGUAUUGGAUCACCAGCGCCGUUGUGGGCAUCGGUCUCUUCUGGGGCGUAGAGAUGGGUGUUUUGAUAUUCACGUGGGCACUAUUUACACUGCUUUUCAGCCGCAGUAGUACGACCACGCCCGCCAGUCCAGAACCACAGAAACAAAUUAAAUCUGAGCCUGAUGACCAACCUGCCAACCUCAAUCCCGGACCAACGGACAAAGAACCACGAGACCCCUUGAGCGACACAAGCCACGUCUUCCCCACCCUUCCCUCGCAACAACCUCUUUCCUAUACUUCGAUAAAAGAAGAAGCACAAACACUGGAUAUGGGGGACGUUCCAAUCAAAGAAGAAGCCGAGGCGCAUGAUGAGGACGACGACUCUUUGUUGGAGGAGAUGUUGCCGUUGCGCAAGAAACAAGCUGGCUUUGAGGAUUCGGGACUGGGAACGAGCUUGGAGAGUAGUGUGGACAGGGGGCUAAGUAGACGGAGGAGUGUAAAGGGCAAGGGGAUGGAAGACGAGAGAGCGAAUGGCUAG